AUGCCGAUCAUCACCAAUUUCACACUGCCCCCCUCUCAGGACGCUCUCACUCUGCCUCCUGACUCCAAUUCGGCAUUCUUCAUUGCCUUUUUGGCCUCGCGCGACCCGAGUACAGGACAGCCAUGGUGCCCUGAUGUUAGGGCUUCGCUGCCGCACCUAACCGCCGCCUUUUCCGGGGACACUGCGCCUCAGGUGGCCUUUGUCGACGUUGGACAGCGAGAUGAGUGGAAGAACCCCUCAAACAUUUAUCGAACGGAUUGGAAAGUCUCCGGAGUGCCAACUCUGGUCCGCUAUGAACGAGUCGACGGCAGGGUGAAGGAUGUUGGCCGCAUAUCGGAGGUUGAAAUUCUUGAUAAGAAGCAGUUUUCAACCUUUAUCAAGUCUCAAGCUUCUUUGUGA